CCACUCAAAGAAGAUACCGUUCCUGGGAACGUGCAUAGGAACAUUCAAGAUGGACAUUGCAACUGUGUACAACCAGCCAGACCACAGGUUCUUCCAGAAAUGGGCUGUUAUCAGCGACCCCACAGACACCCGGGCAGGUGUGAAAGGCUUUGUGAAAUGCAGCAUCUCUGUCACCGCACGGGGAGACGCUGCGGGCUCCCUUCCCACCUCCUGCAGCAGCCGAGUUGAGGACAUUGAAAAGAACCUACUGCUGCCUAAAAGAGUUCCUGCAGAGAGACCCUGGGCCAGGCUCUGUGUCAAGCUGUACCGUGCUGAGGGCCUGCCCAGCAUGAGCGCAGGCAUUAUGGGUGGUUUCUCCAAGAUCAUAGGAGAGAAAAACGUGUUUAUUGACCCCUACGUGCAGGUCUCAUUCUGUGGGCAGCAGGGGGAGACAUCUGUGGAGAGCAACACCACCGAGCCCGAGUGGAACGAGCAGAUCAGCUUCAUUGAGAUGUUCCCACCUCUUGCCAAGAAGAUAAAAAUCCAGGUGCUGGAUGAUGCCAAUGUUGGCGAUGUAGCCAUCGCAACGCAUUACAUUGACCUGCAGCAGAUCUCGGACCCGGGCAGAAAUGGCUUUAACCCCACGUUUGGCCCAGCCUGGGUGAACCUGUAUGGCUCCCCUCAGAAUUCAGCUCUGCGGGACAUCCACAAGGACCUGAACGAGGGCAGGGGGGAGGGCAUCUUCUAUCGUGGACGUAUCCUCAUGGCCAUCACAGUGGAGAUUUUCAGCAGCCCAGGUGUGGCAGAGAGGAAGCUUGGAGACAAGAGGAAAGGUGCCCUCAGCAAACUGAAACUGAAGAAGAAAAGUAAAAAAUCCAAGGCGAAAGCCAGAGAACUGAUCCAGCUGCAGGGAGAGGAGGAGGCUGGGGGCUCUCAGGAGGCUGAGCAGCCUGCAGAGGUCAUUGUGGAGGUGGAGGAGCUUCAUCCACUCCCUGACAGUGCUUUGGGGAGGAAAGAAGAAUUCUUCCUUUUUGCUGCCUUCUUUGAAACCACGAUGAUGGACUCUUCACUCAGCUCCAAACCUGUCAGCUUUGAGGUCUCUAUAGGAAACUAUGGCAAAGCUGAAGAGGCUGUGACCAAAGUGCGUAAAAAAGGAGAGAAAGGAGAAGGGAGAGAAGAAAACCAGACUUUGCUGGAUGCUGGUUCAGAUAGUGAGCUGGAUGUGGAGAUCCUGGCCCCAGAUUCAGCCCCACAGAACAAAUCAAUGACAAGAAGCCAGAGACCAGAGCCCACAGAGUAUGACAGAUCGUACAGCUGCCUGCCCAUGGUGCAUGAGAAACCCUGCGUGUAUGUGUGGAGCUACUGGGAGGAUCACACCUGGAGACUCUGCAUUUCCAACUGGAUUGUCAAGCUGGCAGAGCGCCUGGAGCAGGGACUGGAUGAUGUGGAGAAGCUCAUGAGAAGGCCUAAGGCUAAAGCUGAAGAGAGGCUCCGAGAGGUGCUGGAGGAAUUUGUAGCUGGAUGCAGACAAUACUCACUCAGUGCAGAGAGAAAAACAAUGGCACAUCCAAACCAUCUUGACAGAUGUCGGACAAAGUACAUGAUGCGCAACAUCAUCCUGUAUGCGAAGCAGGGCCUCCGUGUGAGGAGGUGGCUGACUGGAGCCAAUGUGAAGGAGAAGGUGAAGGAGACGAGGAGAAUCCUGGCCAAACUCCGCUUCAUGGCUCAAGAGCCCCAGUGCACGCUGCCCGAUGUCCUCAUCUGGAUGCUCAGCAACAACCGGCGCGUGGCAUACGCAAGAGUCCCUGCUCAAAACAUCCUCUACUCAGUGGUGGAAGAGGAGAAAGGCAAGGACUGUGCAAAGAUUCAGACUGUCUUUCUGAAGGUGCCCGGCUUGCACACUGGUGAGAUCUUUGCCAAACUGGAAAUCUACAUGUGGCUCGGGGUUACCAAAUAUGCAAAGAACUGCAUGGUGGAGUUGCCUGAGGAGUUCAAGUACCUCUCUGAGAGCAGACAGGAGAUCACCCAGUUCUCAGUUCACAGUCCUCCCAGCUGGCUCAGCAGGGAUGAUUUCAGCUAUUUCCAGCUCCGAGCUUACCUGUAUCAGGCUCGAGGGAUCCUCCCUGCAGAUGACAACGGCCUUUCGGAUCCAUUUGUGAGAGUGGUGUUUUCAACUCAUUGCCAGGCCACCAGGACAAUGGAGGAGACAUUGAGCCCAAUGUGGAACGAGUUACUUCUGUUUGACCAGCUCAUUAUUGAUGGGAAGAGAGAAGAGUUGAAAACAGAGACUCCCGUUGUUAUAAUCAGUCUCUUCAGUCAGAGUACAUUUGGCUCUCCUGAGUUCCUCGGCCAGGCCUUUGCUGUCCCGCAGGUGAAGCUGGUUGAUGAGCCAUACUGCAAACCUGCCCUGCAGUUCUUUGAUUUUUACAAAGCCUCCAAACCAGCUGGGGAGCUCAUUGCCACUUUUGAGCUGAUUGAGUUGGAUUACAGCGGCUAUUUGGAGCCAUCAGUGCCCGAGGAUGUGGAGCCCAAGGAGCCCAGCUACCUGGGAGACCCCCGAGCCGGACGGUUCGUCAUCCCGGAGGGCAUCCGCCCUGUGCUGAAGGAAUUUCGCAUAGAGAUCCUGUUCUGGGGCCUGAGGGACCUGAAGCGGGUCAACUUGUUCGAGGUGGAUCAGCCACAGGUGAUCAUUGAAUGUGCUGGCAAGAAGGUGGAGUCAGAGGUGAUUGUGGCCUACAGUGAGAACCCCAACUUCACCGAGCUGGUCAAAUACAUGGACGUGGAGCUCCCAGAGCAGGUCUACCUGCACCCUCCCCUCAGCAUCUUUGUGGUGGAAAAGCGGGCGUUUGGGCGCACCGUGCUGGUGGGGACCCACGUUGUGUCCAAUGUGAUGAAAUUCUCUCCCAGAGAGCUGGAAGAAGAGGAAACAGAAGAUGUGCCCAAAGCCCGGAAAUUCUCAGCCCGGCAUCUUCCACCUCAAACUGUGGUAACCAUUGGCCCAGCCUCAGGUCAGCCGGGCCCCAGUGCUCACACCCUGAGUCUGGUGAAGGCUCCUUUGAAAAAGAUUCCUAUCAAUAAGUUUGCAAAGAAGGAGGAUGAAUAUGAAGAGGAAAAACCAGAUCCAGAAGAACUAGACUGGUGGUCCAAGUACUAUGAGUCUCUGAAGGAGCUCUAUAACCAGACACGCAGUGAUGAGGAAGAUGCUGAGAAUGAUGACCUGAAUGACGCAGAUGGAGGAAAUUUAAAUGCAGCUUACAUUGAUAUGGAAGCAGAAGAUGAAACAGUAAUUGAAGCUGAACCUGCUCAGCCCAGGAGGAAGCUCAUUGCCACCCUUCAGGGUUCCUUCUGUGUCUACCCCAGCGUGGAAGCUGCCAUGGAACCCAAGGUUUCGCAGGGUGUUCCAAGGAACAGACCCAUCAAGGUUCUCGUGAGAGUUUAUAUUGUGAAGCUGAUGUGUGGCUGUAACUCCUGUGCAUUCCAGGCUACGAACCUGUCUCCAGCAGACCCCAACGGCAAGGCAGACCCCUACGUGGUGGUGACAGUGGGACAGGAGCAGAAGGACACAAAGGAGCGAUACAUCCCAAAGCAGCUCAAUCCUGUGUUUGGAGAAGUUGUAGAGCUGACAGCCUCCUUUCCCAUGGAAUCAGAGCUCACUGUGGCAGUGUUUGAUCAUGAUUUGGUUGGAUCUGACGAUCUGAUUGGAGAGACUAAGAUUGAUUUGGAGAACCGAUUCUACAGCAAGCACAGGGCCAACUGUGGAGUGGCUUCACAGUAUGACACAAAUGGCUACAACACGUGGCGAGAUGCUUUCAAGCCCACACAGAUCUUGGAUAGCUUAUGCAAGAAAAUGUCACUCCCUGCAGCAGAGUACAGACGGGAGGAAGUCAAAGUGGGCAACAAAGUCUUCAAGGUCCCUCCAGAGGCUUUUCCUGAAGAGGCCUCUGUGAGGGCCCAGAGAGGAGCAGCUGAUGAGAACUGGUCAGUGGAUGAUGAGCACAAGGCUUUGUACGUCCUGCAGCACUGGGAAGAGAUGCCAGGACACGGGUACAAGCUGGUACCAGAGCAUGUGGAGAUCCGAUCCCUUUACAACCCUGAGAGCCCUGGACUUGUACAGGGCUCCCUGCACAUGUGGAUCGACAUGUUUCCCAACGAUGUUCCUGCACCACCACCAGUCAAUAUCAAACCCCGACUGCCCAUCAGCUACGAGCUGCGUGUGAUUAUCUGGAACACAGACGAUGUGAUCCUUGAUGAUGUCAACCCAGUAACUGGAGAGCCUUCUAGUGACAUCUACGUGAAGAGCUGGAUAAAGGGACUCGACCACGACAAGCAGGAGACAGAUGUUCACUUUAACUCCCUGACUGGGGAGGGCAAUUUCAACUGGAGGUUCAUCUUCCGCUUCAACUAUCUCCCGACUGAGAAGGAGAUCACCUACAAGAAGAAGGAUUCUGUCUUCUCUGUGGAGGAAUCAGAAUUUCGGGAACCAGCUGUUCUAGUCCUCCAAGUCUGGGAUUAUGAUAGGAUUUCAGCUAAUGACUUUCUAGGCUCCAUUGAGCUGAAGCUGCAUGACAUGGUGCGGGCAGCCAAGAGCUCAGAGCAUUGCACCAUCAAGAUGGCAAAGGAGAACGCUGCGCCUCGCUUCUCCAUCUUCCGCAACAAGCGCAUGAGGGGCUGGUGGCCCUUCAUCAAACUCAAAGAUCAAGAAGAUGAGGAGAGAGAGGAGAGGGAGGCCAAGCACAAGAAGAAGAGAAAGAAGAAGUGGAGCAGUUCAGUGAAACCAGAAGAUGUUGAGUUCACAGACCCCAGUGGGAACAAGUACUUCCUGACGGGUAAAGUAGAGGCAGAGUUCCAGCUGCUGACUGUGGAGGAGGCUGAGAAGAAUCCUGUUGGUUUGGGCCGAAAAGAGCCCGAACCCCUGGAAAAGCCCAACCGGCCAAAAACUUCUUUCAACUGGUUUGUGAAUCCCAUGAAGACCUUUGUGUUCUUCAUCUGGAAGCGGUACAAGAAGUACAUCAUUGUGCUGUUUGUGGUUGCCCUUCUGACGGUCUUCCUGGUUCUGCUGAUCUACACUAUGCCUGGAUACAUUAGUGAGAAGAUCAUCAAUGGAUAAGUGCUCUGCAGAGCAGGACUACACAAAAACAGGGGUGAUUAUUGCAGUAAAUGAGGUCACACCAGGAAGUUUAAGGAAACCCUACAAAUGCACGGGCAAUCUGGAGAGUGAGAGGCCAGGCCCUCUUUGGAGAGUCAUGUCUCUUGCUAAGUACCCAUGGGAUGCUAAAGAAUCAAGUAUUCAACCUACUAAAUUGGAGCAGGCUGCCCAGGUCACUGUGCACUCAUGUUUUCAAGAAGAGUUUAGAUGCGGCUCUGAGGAAUGUGGUUUAGUGGGCAUGGUGGGGAUUGGCUGGGGUUGGACUAGAUGAUCUUUGUGGUCUUUUCUAGCCUUAAUGAUUCUAUGAUUCUAAAUAAAGCAAACUCCUUCA